UGCACACCUCUGGAGGAAAGCGGCCAUGCCAUGAUGCUGGCAGGAGGCUGCUCUCAGCUAGAAAAACGCAAAUUUCUGCAAAAAACCAUUUGCAGACGUUGAAUGUUUCGUCUUUUAGCUUUUUCAUUGUGUUACCAAAGGAUCAUGGGAUAUAGAAGGAGUCUAAAUCUGACACUGCUGCUAAGCCCCUUCAGAGAUCCCUCUCUUCUGCUCUGAGGACUCUUCAAGGAUCCCUCCACACCUGCUGAUCUACAAGCUGCAGCCGAGCCAUGUCUACAUGAUCCUGAGGUCUACAGCAGCCAUGGCCCAACAGAGCGCUGAGCCGUCCCACUGCUAGGCGUUGGGGCAUCCGAGAGGGCAGAAGACAUGUUGGGACAGAGGCCCGGGGACCACUGCACUGAAAUCUGUUACUAUAGCAACUACUGUAGUAACCAUGGAAACGCUAUGGAGGACUGGUCUGGUUUGCACUGUCAUAAUCGUAAUGGUUGCCACAGAGGUCGAAGGAGGUCACAGAGAUGAGUUCGCCCAGUCACAAGCUGCCUUCCUGUCCAGUCUCGGCCAGUAUGAGAUUGCCAUCCCAAUACGUGUAGAACCCAAUGGCGAGACUAUGGAUGCAGAAACGCCACAACAUCACAGAAGAAGACGCAGCACUGAGGACAGAGUGCCUGACUCUCUCUUCUACCAGCUUUCCACAUCACGUAACAACUUCCUGCUGAACCUGACGCUGCAGGGAGGCCUGCUGUCCCGGCAGUUCAGGGUGGAGUAUUGGAAGAAAGGUCGUUUAGCCUGGAGUCAUCCCUACUCUCCCCAUUGCCAUUAUGUAGGACACCUCCAAGACCAGCCGCACUCCAGCAAAGUCGCCCUGAGCAACUGUAAUGGCCUGCAGGGGGUGAUUGUUGCAGGGGGAGAGGAGUACCUGAUUGAACCCCUUGUCUCACCAGAUAACCAGACCGGGACGGAGCGGGGGGAGAGAACAGAGGGGCGCCCCCAUGUGGUUUACAAGCGGUCAUCGCUCCGCCAUCAAUACAAGGGCAAAUCCUGUGGAGUCGUUGAUGAGAAGCCGAUGAAAGGCGCGUCAUGGUGGCAGCGAACUCUAAAGACGCCUCCCCAUCAUGUCGGUCGUGGCCAGCUGCCUCUAAAGCGCUCAGUUAGCCGCGAGCGCUACGUGGAGACGCUAGUGGUAGCUGACAAGAUGAUGGUGGGUUACCAUGGACGCAGAGACAUCGAGCAGUACAUCCUGGCUGUCAUGAAUAUUGUUGCCAAACUGUUCCAGGAUUCUAGCCUGGGGAAUGCAGUGAACAUUGUGGUGACGCGGCUCAUCCUGCUGAUGGAAGAUCAGCCAACCCUAGAGAUCAACCACCAUGCAGGGAAGUCUUUAGACAGCUUCUGUAAGUGGCAGAAAAACAUCCAGCACCGGAGCAGCUACGGUAACGCCAUCCCAGACAACGGGAUCGCUCACCAUGACACUGCUGUGCUUAUCACCAGAUAUGACAUCUGCAUCCAAAAGAACAAGCCCUGUGAAACCCUAGGUCUGGCUCCGGUAGGAGGGAUGUGUGAGCCGGAGAGGAGCUGCAGCAUCAAUGAGGACAUCGGACUGGGAACAGCCUUCACUAUCGCCCACGAGAUAGGACAUACGUUUGGGAUGAACCAUGACGGGAUGGGGAAUGCCUGCGGGCCCCGCAGCCAGGAGACCGCCAAGCUGAUGGCCGACCACAUCACCAUGAAGACCAACCCAUUCAUCUGGUCUGCCUGUAGCCGGGACUACAUCACCAGCUUCCUGGACUCAGGUAUGGGCUCUUGUCUGAACAACGUCCCCCCGAAGCAGGAGUUUGUGUACCCCACAACAGCACCGGGUCAGGCCUACGACGCAGAUGAACAGUGCCGCUUCCAGUACGGAGUCAGAUCUCGACAAUGUAAAUAUGCGGAAGUCUGCAGUGAACUUUGGUGCAUGAGCAAGAGCAACCGUUGCAUCACCAGCAGCAUCCCCGCUGCAGAGGGCACCAUCUGUCAGACCAACACCAUCGAGAAAGGGUGGUGCUACAAAAGGGUGUGUGUGCUGUACGGGACUCGUCCGGAGGGCGUGGAUGGGGGCUGGGGUCUGUGGUCGCCCUGGGAGGAGUGCAGUAGGACGUGUGGAGGAGGGGUCUCCUCAUCCAUCAGACACUGUGACAGCCCCAGGCCAACUAUCGGUGGAAAAUAUUGUCUGGGGGAGAGAAAGCGCUUCAGGUCCUGCAAUAUUGAUGAAUGCCCUGCAGGCUCUCGGGAUUUCCGGGUUAUUCAGUGCGCAGAUUUUGACAGUGUUCCUUUCCGGGGAAAGUUUUACACCUGGAAGCCAUACAGAGGGGGUGGGGUGAAGCCUUGUUCUCUCAACUGUCUGGCAGAAGGAUACAACUUCUACACGGAGCGUGCUCCAGCCGUGGUGGACGGCACGCCUUGCCGAGACGACUCUUUGGAUGUGUGUGUAAAUGGAGAGUGUAAGCACGUAGGCUGUGAUCGAGUCCUCGGCUCGGACGUGCGCGAGGAUCGCUGCCGGAUCUGCGGAGGGGACGGCAGCAGCUGUGACUCUGUGGAGGGACUCUUCAACGACUCGCUGCCCGAAGGAGGUUAUGAAGAAGUGGUCAGAAUUCCUAAAGGCUCAGUGUUCAUCCACAUACAAGAGCUCAACAUCUCCCUCAACUACCUUGUGCUAAAGAGUAAAGGGGACCAGUACUUCAUCAAUGGGAAGCUGACCAUUGACACGCCGCGUAGUUUUGAUGUCGGCGGGACCAUCUUCCACUACAGGCGGCCCACUGACGGACCAGAAACUCUUGAAGCUCUGGGGCCAACAAACAUGACCCUGAUUGUCAUGGUGCUGGUGCGUGAGGAGAACCCGGGGGUCCACUAUCGCUUCAACCCCCCGAUGAACAGGGAACCUCUGACGGGCUUUGCCUGGCACUACACCUCCUGGUCCCGCUGCUCAGCCCUCUGCGCUGGAGGUGUGCAGACACAGCAGGUGGUGUGUAGGAAGCAGGCACAUCAUUCAGUCGUCUACAAUCACUUCUGUGACAAGAAGAUCAAACCUAAAGAGAGGAAAAGAUCCUGCAACACUGAGCCAUGCUCCCCAUCCUGGUGGACAGGAGAUUGGACGGAGUGCAGUCGCAGCUGUAACAGCGGCCUGCGUACCCGGGAGGUGUUCUGUAAAAGGCGGCUCUCUGUGACGGAGGAGAAGGUCCUGGACGACUCCGCCUGUGCGACGCCGCGGCCUCCUCUCACUGAGCCCUGCAGCAACCACAGCUGCCCCCCAGAGUGGCUGGCCCUGGACUGGUCAGAGUGUACGCCCAGCUGUGGUCCUGGCUACAGGCACCGUGUGGUAUUGUGUAAGAGCGGGGAGAGCGGAGACAACCUGCCAGAGUCCAAGUGCCCCAAACAUGGCCGACCGACCUCCAGGGUGCGCUGUAACCUGCAGCGCUGCCCCCCCCCUCACUGGGUGACCGGUCCCUGGGGAGAGUGUUCUGCCAGGUGUGGUCUGGGUCAGGAGAAACGCAUGGUGCAGUGUCUGACUCCCACCGGCCAGCCGUCCAAUGAGUGUCUGGAACAUCAGCGGCCCGCAGCCAUGCAGCAGUGCAAGAGCAAAUGUGACCUCAAUCUGGCCAUCAGCACAGACAACCCUGAAGAGUGUAAAGAUGUGAACACUGUGGCCUACUGCCCCCUGGUGCUCAGGUUCAAGUUCUGCAGCCGGCCAUAUUUCAGACAAAUGUGCUGCAAGACGUGCCAGGGACACUGACCUGGACACAGCCUCCAUUCUCUGGGCCCUGUACUCUCACAGUAGCCUGACCCCCUCCCACUGAGCCUUUUACAGCAGCCCUCACAACUGGGACGCUGUCGAGCGAACAUCUAGUCCCGUUACUGUUAAAGAGGGACCUUUUCUUUCAGCCAGAAUCCAGCACAAACCUCUCCGAGCCGAGCUGGGCCGAAACAGCCCUGGCUGAGUUUUACAUUCCACUGGAGGGAGGGGGGGGGGGGGGGGCUGCUGAACCCCGCAGACAGAGAGACACAGAGAGAGAGAGAGAGAAAGAGAGUGAGAGAGUGAGUAACUUCCCUCCAUCGUCUGUCUUUCUAUGAUCCCUCUGUUGUAAUAUUUUGGUGCUACUAUAUUUUUCUUUGGCCGCAGGCCUGGUCACCGUACUCUCUUAAAACCUGUAUCUUAACAGGUGAUUUUUGUUUUGUUACGAGUUUAAAAGAAAUCCACUUUGUAAAGAACAUGAUUUUUCCUGAUAUCUUCCCUCAUGAAAAAGAAUAUCUCGUGCUAUAAAAUGAAAGAUCUGUUUCUAUGUUAUCAUUACAUAACAGUUGUUACCUGACCACAUUGUUUAAAUGCCAUUGUUUAACGCCAGAUCAACGUAUUCAUAAAGUCCUGGCUGUUAUGUAGCUGAAGUAUGAGCAGAGUUUGAUUUGCAAAGUGUCAACAGUCAGAGGAUUUGUGUGUUUUGUUUGUUUUAAUUUGUAUUUGUGAAAGCUAUAGAUGUGUCAUUGCAGUGAACCAGCCGUAGUCUUGCCAUUUUGAAAAGUUUGCUAAAAAUGUUAUCACCUAUACAGUAAAACAGAGCUGCACGGGGCAAACAGUGACUCUACCUUCACUAUUUGAUGAUGUGAGACAGGACAUUUUCAGAUUAUAGGAUGUUAUUUUGUGGCUGCCGACUGUGGGGCUUGUGCAGUAACUUUUAUUGUUAGUGCAAUGUUCAGAUCACAGUGAGACACCGUAGAAUGAGCUCUGCCAGCAAGAACAGGCCCAGAGGGAGGAGUGAAGACAUCUGACCGCACUUACUUUCAAACUGCAUUUUAUAGUAUUAGUGCUAAUUUGAGGAUGGAUUAAUUCACCCGUAAAAUAUCAGAUGUCUUUGUGGCACAGAUAUGAUGAAUUAAGGACUGUUUGAAACCAUCAUUUAUGUCCCUAUGAAAAGAUUUCUGCCACAUUAAAAAAAAAACUACAGCCAUCUUAAAUUAGGGUGAUAAUAGGUGAUUUCGUUUGACCACAUGGGGACAGCAUAAGCAACAUUGACAUAGCAAUUGUUAUGUUAAUAGGUGAACAUGUUAGCCACCAGUUGCUUAUUUCUGCCCACCAGACAAGUUUAAGACCAAUAUUGACUCUUUUUUUAGUUCUGUUUUAGGUCUCCAAAUCCGGAGGGAAAUAUCUGACCCUUUAGCUGCUCAAUGAUCCACUAUGUUCACAAGCUACUCACUUACUGCGUUUCUGCUGUUUAAUGCUAAGAUAAGACGUUCUCACUGGGGUUUUCUGAGCUUUUUCAUUAAAAAUAGUUACCUGCAGUAGAAACAAAUAUACAAUGAAUGAACCAAGUCAAGCAAGACAGCUAACUGUGAAAACUCAAUCCAAAGCUUUUUAAAGAAACCAUUAUCAUCCUCAUUUCAUAUAUUGAAAGAAAUCAGUUAUAACUGAUUUAUCGAAUUACACUAACUGUAUGAGCUGGAUGCUAAAAUAUUAAAAGGAAACCUGUCAGCUUGUCCUUCUAAAGAUAGUAUUGUGACCAUUGCACCCUAAAGGUCACUGUUUUACUGCUGUUCUAAAGGAAACUAAUCACCUGACCCACAUUUUUGCUGCCCUAAUCUUAAUGACGUAUUUUUUUUUUUUUAAUGCAGUUUCAGCUGUUUCUUUAUCCUUAAAACUGUCAGAAAUGCUGUGUCAUCACUGUGACGUCCACUGUGCUCUGAAAGCAGCUCUGUUUAACACAUGUCUCAUCAUUUCAUUAUAGAAUCUACAGUUUGUCUUUGAGGAUUUGCUGCGAUGCUGUUCCUUUCCUUUUUUCUUGUGGUGCUUUGGUUUGGAUUGGUGCUAUAAGUUCACUGUUGUUGUCGUUUCUAUCAUUUUAACAAUUGUGCUUUUAAAUGUUUUUGUAAUAAUACCAAUAUUCAGAGUUGUAAUAGGUGGGUACCACAUUUGGCUUUUUUGUUCAUUGGUGUCGGAAUAUAAAAGUUUAAUUUACACUCCCUGACUUUGUUAAAGUGGCCAGUAAUGCCUCAAAAUCUCCAAAUGUAGCUCACCUUGCAGAUCAUAAACUUAUUUCAAAUACUGUAACAAUUUCUAAAGGGCCACUGUACAAGAUAUUGGCAUUCCCAAGCUCUUAACAAUUUGAGCCUUAUAAUAAAACCUAUUUUGGCAGCAUUUAAAAAAACAUUUGGUUUCUCAGAUUGUCCCCCCCCAUAAAUAUUUGGUUCAGGAAUGAACAUAACCCGUUUGUAGCGAUUUCUGUUGCUACCUGUGCCUAAUAUGAAGGUUCACACUGAGAAACGAGCCUGUUUUAUCCGAGUUAAUAAGAGGGACAAUACCGGUAUUUGUUGUUUUGUUUUGUCACAUGCUAAUUAUACCAUGACAUGUACUGUAUGUUGUUGAAUACUAUAGGUUAUGAAUCCAUUUGUCCUCCAUGUACAUCCUUUUAAAAGUAAAUAUUAAAUUGAUUAAACAUGGUGCAUUGUUCAUUCAAAAAAAAAGAAGAAA